GAGAAACUGUUUGGCAGGUCAACCAAGCAGAAGCAGGCGCAGACGAAAGUUGGGAACAGCUGGAGCCUAGAGCCUAGAGGCGCGAAGAGAGCCAACAUCAUUUGAUGAUCUAGCCAUGGCUGCAGCCGGGAACCCCCUUCAGGAGCUCACGGAAUGCUUUAGACAGAGCCUCCUCCCGGACCCUGUCCCGAGGAAGCGGGCGGAGGACUUUCUUAAGGAGGCGGCGAACCAACCAAACUACGGAGUGACGGUGCUUCAAUUGGUGGCGGCACACAGCGUGGACCUUCAGAUCAGGCUAGCGGCAGCGGUCAAUUUCAAGAACCAUGUCAAGUAUCAUUGGGAUGCGUCAGAGCACGAGGAGCUGCAAGUGGCGCCUAUGCAGGAUGCAGAGAAGCAGCAGAUCAAAACGCACAUUACAACUCUGAUGCUGAGCACCCCCCCUCAGGUCCAGGCACAAUUGAGCGAAGCGCUGUCCAUCAUCUCAAAUUAUGACUUCCCCUCGAAAUGGCCGUCUCUCUUACCAGAGCUUGUAGAAAAGUUGCGGUCUGCAACGGACCCCGUGGUCAUCAAUGGCGUGCUCCAAACCGCCAACUCCAUCUUCAAGCGCUUCAGGUUCCAGUUCAAGUCAGACGAGCUCUUUGGGGAGCUCAAGUAUGUCCUGAACCUGUUCUGCGAACCCCUCCUUGAAUUUGUCCAGCGCAUGGGCCAGUUGAUUGCGGCUAGCGCAAACGAUGCGGUUGCGCUGAGGGCGCUGUUCCCCUGCCUGCGGCUGGCAUGCAGGAUCUUCUACUCGCUUAACUUUCAGGACCUGCCAGAGUUUUUCGAGGAUCACAUGAAGGAAUGGAUGGAUCAAUUCCACUUGUAUCUGACAUAUGACAAUCCACGGUUGGAGGAGAGCGAUCCUGACAAGGAGUCGGUGGCUGACCAGGUCAAGGCUGCGGUGUGCGAGAACAUCAAUCUGUACAUGAGCAAGUACGAGGAGGAGUUCCGGAGCUACCUGCAAACGUUUGUGACUGAUGUGUGGAGUCUUCUGAUGAAGGUGGGCCUGUCCGCCAGCCACGACAAACUGGCAAUUACGUCCAUCAAGUUUUUGACGACGGUGGCCCGCAGCGUGCACCAUGAGCUGUUCAACCAGGCGGAGGUGGUGCAGCAGAUCUGUGAGAAAAUUGUGGUGCCCAACCUGCGCAUGAGGGACGACGACGAGGAGCUUUUUGAGAUGAACCACGUCGAGUACAUCCGAAGGGACAUGGAGGGCAGUGACACAGACACACGGAGGAGGACCGCGUGCGAACUGGUGAAGGGGCUGACGACAUACUAUGAGCAGCAGGUGACGCAGCUCUUUGGUCAGUACGUGACGCUGAUGCUCCAGACGUACGCCGCGAACCCCGCCGUCAACUGGAAGGAGAAGGACUGCGCGAUUUACCUGGUGGUGGCGCUGACGGUGCGCCAGAAGACGGCCGCGCAGGGCGCCACGGCCACCAAUCAGCUGGUCAACAUCGGGGACUUCUUCACGGCGCAGAUCGAGCCGGAGCUCAAGAAGACGGACGGCAGCCCCGUUCUGCGCGCGGACGCGCUCAAGUUCGUCACCACCUUCCGCAGCCAGAUUCCCAAGGCGGCGUGUCUGUCCCUGUUCCCGCACCUAGUUGCCCUGCUCCUGGACGAGCACAACGUGGUCCACUCGUACGCUGCGCAUGCGAUUGAGCGGCUGCUGGUCGUCAAGGACGGGGGCAGGCCCCGCUUCACUCCCCAGGACUUGGCCCCGUUCACGCAGCAGCUUCUUUCCAACCUCUUCGGGGCACUCAAGCUCCCCGACUCUCAGGAGAACGACUACGUGAUGAAGUGCGUCAUGCGCAUGAUCUCGUCGUCCCCCGUGGCCCAGUACGCGGAGGGCGUGCUCGCGCAGCUGGCCGACAUCCUGAAGGCCGUGUGCAAGAAUCCCACGCAGCCCGGCUUCAACCACUACCUCUUUGAGGCGGUCGCGGCGCUCAUCAAGCAGACGUGCGCCGCCAACCCCGCGCGGCUGGACGUUUUCGAGAAGAAGCUGUUCCCCGUCUUCGACAUCGUGCUGCAAGAUGACGUGGCGGAGUUCAUGCCGUACGUGUUCCAGAUACUGUCGCAGCUGGUGGAGCUGCGCCCCGCGCCGCUGCCCACCAUCUACAUGGCCCUCUUUAGCCCGCUGCUGACGCCGCUGCUGUGGGAGCGCAGCGCCAACGUGCCCGCUCUAGUUCGGCUCCUGCAGGCGUACCUGCAAAAGGCGCCCCAGGAGAUCAUCAGCCAGCAGAAGCUGCCCGCCGUGCUGGGCGUCUUCCAGAAGCUCAUCGCGUCGCGCCACACCGACCACCAGGGCUUCUUCAUCCUCAACACCGUCGUGGAGAGCCUUCCCGUCGACGCUGUGCGGCCGUACCUCACCCCGCUGUGGACGCUGCUCUUCACUCGCCUCUCCAAGUCCCGGACCGUCAAGUUCGUCAAGGCGCUGGUGGUGUUCCUCUCCCUGUUCAUACUCAAAUACGGAGCCACGGAGCUGGUGGAGAGCCUGGAAAAGCUGCAAGCGGGCAUCUAUCGGGAGCUGCUGGGCGGCGUGUGGCUGGGCAGCACGGAGCGGGGUGGCGCCAUCAGCAUCACGGGGGACAUCGAGGUCAAAGUCACGAGCGUGGCAACCACAAAGCUGUUGUGCGAGUGCCCCCCAAUGGCCGACGACGCCUCCCUCCAACUGUGGGGCAAGCUGCUGGACACCGAGGUUGCGCUGCUAGAGCGCUCGGAGGAAGCCACGGUCGCCCAAGAAGAGAAUGACGUGCUCGAAGUGGACGAGAUACCGGGGUAUGCGGCUUCGUACGCUCAACUCCACAAUGCGCACAAAGAGUACCAGGAUCCGCUUAGCGAGGUCGAGGAUGCGCGGCGAUACUUGACGGAAAGCCUUGCCAAGUUUACGGCGCAGAACCCGGGGAAGUUUUUGCCCGUGAUCCAGCAAAGUUUAGAGAAGAAGCAUCAAGAUGCUUUGCUAAGAUACUGUGCGACCUACGGGCAAAACAUUUCUUGAGACUUGCCAGUAGGACCUGCAGACAGUUCGCUUGCUUGCAUAGGAUGCCUGAGCCUCACAUCAGCGCUAGUACUUACGAGAAGCUUCGAAGUGCGCAAGCUAGAUUGGGGCAAUAGAUAGAGCUGUAGCAUGUUGUACUUGUCACUUGUAUUCUUGAUGCUGUCAUGUUGACUCAUACGCUGCAUCGGAUCUGUUAAGAGGAUUCUAUAAGAUCGUUACCGU